UUGACUGUCUCCUCUCACUUUGAACCGGUGUCAACAAACAACAACAACAACAAUAUUUGCGUCCCAGCUUCACCACGUUGGCAACUGCAUCCCCAAGAGGGUCCAGUACUGGCGAAUAAACCCGAGGAGGCUGAGAAAGUGACUCGUAUUUACAUCCAAGAAUCAGGUUUUCUUCUCUUUUUGUCGUCACGUUUGACUCCUCAGAGGCUUGGGGCUCCCGGGACACUGGUGCUUGGCUGCAGCCCGGGUGAGGCUAACCCUAGCCGAGGCUAACCUUCCAGGGAACUUCCUCACCAAGCGAAAAAAGCGAUUUCAGCGACGACCUCGGAGUUGGAGCAGCAGCCUCCCCCGGCAGGAGGAGGUAUCUGGAGUCACUGGGGUGUUGGAGGUAUGACUGCGUUGGCGGGGUCAAUACCCAGGAUGAUGCGACCCACGCUGGCUCAGAACUACCCCCGCAGUGGCUUCCCACUGGAAGUGUCCACCCCGUUGGGUCAAGGCCGUGUGAACCAGCUCGGAGGAGUUUUCAUAAAUGGCAGACCUUUGCCCAACCACAUCCGCCAUAAAAUCGUGGAGAUGGCCCACCACGGCAUCAGGCCGUGUGUCAUCUCCCGACAGCUGCGGGUCUCCCACGGCUGCGUGUCCAAAAUCCUGUGCCGGUACCAGGAGACGGGCUCCAUCAGACCCGGGGCCAUCGGUGGCAGCAAACCCAAGCAGGGGACAACGCCGGAUGUAGAGAAGAGAAUAGAAGAAUACAAGCGGGAAAACCCGGGUAUGUUUAGCUGGGAGAUUCGGGAUAAAUUACUGAAGGAUGGGAUAUGUGACCGCAACAACGUGCCUUCAGUGAGCUCCAUCAGUCGCACCAUGCGGAGUAAGUUCGGGGGCAAAGGCGACGAAGAGGAGGAUGAGGAGGAGAUCGAGAGGAAAGAGAUGGAGGAGAGCGACCGGAGGGCCAAACACAGCAUCGAAGGCAUCUUAGGAGACAGAUCGAGUCACUCAGACGAGGGUUCGGACGUGGAGUCAGAACCCGAUCUGCCGCUUAAGAGGAAGCAGCGGCGCAGUCGGACCACCUUCACGGCGGAGCAGCUGGAGGAGCUGGAGAGGGCCUUCGAGAGGACUCACUACCCCGAUAUCUACACCAGGGAGGAGCUCGCCCAGAGGGCCAAACUCACAGAGGCCAGGGUUCAGGUUUGGUUCAGCAACAGGCGGGCGAGGUGGAGGAAGCAAGCAGGAGCCAGUCAGCUGAUGGCAUUUAAUCACCUCAUCCCAGGGGGUUUCCCACCUUCAGCCAUGUCCAGCAUCCCCCCUUACCAGCUCUCUGACAGCACGUACCCCCCCUCAUCUAUAGCACAAGUGUCGGAGCCCCCCAGCACAGUGCAUCGGCCCCAGCCUCUCCCUCCCUCCUCAGGCCAUCAAGCCAGCGGUGGUGGAGGGCAGGUAGAGGGAGGCUCUGCCUACUGUCUCGCCUCGGGACGUCACUCCUUCUCAGGCUACUCGGACAGCUUCGUGAGCGCCGGAGGGCCGGCCAAUCCCAUGAACCCCGCCAUAGGAAAUGGACUCUCUCCACAGGUGAUGGGUCUGCUGAACCCGGGUGGUGUGCCACAUCAGCCCCAAAGCGACUACGCCAUCUCCCCUUUGACAGGCGGCCUCGAGCCCCCUGCCGGCAUGGCCGCCAGCUGCAGCCAGCGCAUGGAUCACAUCAAGGGCCUGGAGGGUCUCACCAGCGUUCCCUCCAUGUCGGCUCUGCCCUCCCUGCCCAGCUCCCAGUCCUACUGCCCGCCCUCCUACAGCUCACCGGGCUACACCGUCGACCAUGUGGCGUCCUACCAGUACGGCCAGUACGGACAAAGUAAGGUGCCCUUUCUUAUCUGAGGCCUGAAAUCACCUGAUCGCGAGCUUCGGACUUCACAGAGGGACAUUUGUGUGUACAGUGAUGGAAAUUUUUUAAUAUCUGGACCAAAAUUUAUUUUGCUACCAUUUACCGGGACAUGUUCUCUACUUCAGGACAUUAUAUUAUUAAUUCUUGGUGGAGAAAUGGACACAAAAACAAAAAAGAAGGGACCACAAGAAGGAUUAUCAGACCAAAAACUGUUGAUUGACUGUGAACAAAAACUGUUGAUUGACUGUGAAGAAAAAAACGUUGAUUGACUGUGAACAUUGCAUCAGUAUUGACGACGAGAGAUGGCAGUGCUUAAUGUGGUUGGUGCGGUGGAGCUGUGACCGUCUACGGCACCCUGCAGAGGCACGUUCCACAGACAAAUCCAGUGACCAAACACCAUCCGUGGACUCUGCCUGUGGGGUCUCUGUGAGGACAGCAAACUCAAAUCUCUUCGUCAUAAUCAACCGGCCUCUGAGGCGAUGCUUGAAGGAACAUGUUUACAUAUCUUAGGGCCACAUGAGUACGUAUAAAAUUCCAUGUACACCCAAAUUAAUCCCCAAAAUGUAUCUGCUCAAAGGGGAAAAAGAAAAGGGCUUUGUUGAUUUUAUUGCAUUUGUUUGAGAUCUGUGCAUCCCACACAUGGAGAGGAAUUCCAGAGACAGAGAAAAACAAACGUGAGCAAACGAAUCUGUGGGUUUUAUUGUGUCAGAAACUCUAAUGUACACCGCAGCUGUACUGCAGUGAAAGUUCAUUCAAACAUUCCUCCUACCUCCUCCCCCUCUGCCUCCCUCUCUCUCCUCUCGCCUUUCUGUCUAACUCUCUCUGUCUCAUUGAUGUUUCGGACGGUGAGGCAGGGAUCCCGGCCUUUUGUAGUUUUAGAGAGGAACUCGGAAGAGGUCAGGGGGUGACUUUAGGGAAAGUGACAGAUGAGAGAGCAGCAGAGGAGGGCGGCGGAGAAGUGGCUUUAAAGGAAGGAGGGGAUAGGCAAGAUCGAUCACAGGGUUAAAAACCCUUUAAAGAUCCUCUCCCGGCGAGAAAAAGCCACCGGGUCACAAGUCACGACCGAGAGACACUUGAGAAUCCGAGAGGCCGAGAGAGUUUAGACUAAAGACAGCCAUUCUCCCAGCUGACCAGAAGUGCAAUAUCAUGUAUCUCAGAGUCGACCUCACCGUUAAAACAAUAAUAAAAAAGUCAAACGUGCCUCUUAGAGUCUUACGAAAGACUUUGGAUUCAUUCUCUGGAUCUAGUUUGCAAAGGAGCAACACAUGUGCCUUUGAAGGCUUUUGGGUCCACAACAAAUACGGAACAUUGUUAAUAUUGCCUGUAACAGCACACUGAGGACCACAUUUGUGAGGACUGAAGUCAGCGUGGUGUCAUGAGAAAAAGAAUGAAUCAAGGGAAUGCCAAUGUAAACAGAAAAUUACCAGGAAUGAGAAAGCCAAAACUGUACUUUAUUUUUUUUAAAUAUUUUUUUCGUGUUGCUUGGAAAGUUGUUUUUUUUUUUUUGUUUCUAUUUU